AUGCGAAGUGCAAUGUUCCAAAGCCGCUGCCGAGCGGUGCGGGAGGGCUCCUGCGGCUGGUGCCCGGCACAAAGGCUCAAGCAGGGGUUACAGUCAGGAAGGCAUAUAAAAGCACAUACAUAUCUUGUGUCAGCUGUAACAGCGGCGGCGGUGGAGGCUGCGCCAAUUGAGUCAUCGUCACCGGCAUCGCCCAGCAUCAGCGUCCCACGACCAGCCACCUCCUCUCCUUCCUCCCUUCCACCUGCUCCCCUAUCCUUCUCUCACCGGUCGAGUCUGUUGGAUGGCAAUUCCCGGUUGAUGCUGAAGAACUUGACACUACCGGAGCUUGAGGAAUGGUGCAUUAGCGUCGGGGAGCCCGCCAAGCGCGCCAAGCAGCUGUACCGCUGGUUGUACGGCAACCGCAAAUGGAUCCGGAACCUGGAUCAGGCGGAUGGCGACCCGCAGGCCUUUAGCGCCGCAUUUAAAGCCAAGGUUGGUUGCGCCAUGAACUGUCAGUUCUGCUACACGGGCCGAAUGGGGCUUUUGGGGAAUCUCAGUACGGCACAAAUCCUUGAGCAAGUGGUGGAGGCCCGUCGCUACCUGGCCGAGCAAUCCGUACACAUUCCCAUAGCGAACAUCGUGUUUAUGGGUAUGGGGGAGCCCCUCCACAACUACGACGCGGUCAUGGCGGCGAUUGAGGUCCGAGAUUGGAUCGUACCGACCAACCGCCGGUAUCCGUUAGAACAACUGCUGGGCGUACUGCGGGAGGCCUUCCCGUACGACAAACGCAAGGGCGAUAACUUUGUGGUCAUCGAGUACGUGCUGUUGGCGGGAGUGAACGACAGUACGGAAGAUGCGAAGCGGCUUCUGAACCUCACGAACGACAUUUACUGCUUGGUCAACCUCAUUGUCUUCAACCCGCACACGGGCACGCAGUUCAGCAGGUCCAGCAAGGGGGACGAGCAAAUGGCGGCGUGUGGGCAAUUGGGGGGAUGUCAACCUCACUGUACGACCUGCGCCCCGACUGCGCCCUCCGGAGAGCCUGAUGGCCAGGAUGAUGGGGGGGGCGGGGAUGCCGGAUUCCGGAGCGGGGGUGGUACGGGCGGAGGAGGGUACGGCGUGCAG